UCUCCACUGAUCAGCUUCACCCAUGUCUCGCAGAGCCAUGCUUGCAAUUCCGAAAGACGAUAGAAGAUGGAGGAACUCCGACUUUUCGGGCUGAAAUGCUCCUUCCUGCUCAUCCUACCUUGAAAUCAUUCUCACCUCUUCUUCGUACGAAAUCGCAGCAUAUACUCUCCUCGGACUGUGAUCUGCUGCCUGAAUUUUAGCUUCUCGUGAUCUUGCUGCGUCAUUCAGCAAGAUAUCUACUGUUGCAGAAAUCGGAAUGGAGCCAGCAUCCACUUCGACUUCUGCUCGGGCCUCUUCCACACUACCUGCGACAGAUCUGGACAUUGAGAUAGCCCUGCUUCGGUCUAUUGUCGAGUCCAAACCAGUCGGGAGGAACAAGCAUGUCAUCAUUGUACGACUUCAAGGCGAGAUCCAACGCAAAACGGGUCUAUUACUCGAAACACAAGAGAUAUGGGAUAAGCUAGGAGAGUUUUACGACUUGGACGCCUUGGACGGGAUGGCUACCUCAUCGAAUGAUUCUCCACCUGGAUCGCCGACCGGCGGAUCUCGCAAUACACAAAACAGAGCCUCCCUUUCACCACUCACUUCUGCAUCCCCGACUCCUUCUGAUCGACCUCCCUCGAGAUCAGCGAAAGGAACAGAUGCGGAGAAAGUCGGGACCAAACCAUUGACAAAGCGGUCAGGCGAACAGGAACAUGCGGAAGGCGAAACGGGAGAGACACCUGAGACUCGAGAGACAACAUUAAAGCCAGGGUCAGGAAGAGAAAGCAGACGGGUUUCUGAUCGUUCGAGAGCGAGCUUAAGAGGGAAAAAGAAGCCCGAGCAGGUUGUCCCUGAUACUCCGGACGAAGACGAAGACGAGCAAGACGAGGAGGAGGUAGAAGAUGAAGGAGACGAGGAGGAGGAGGAGGAUGAGGAGGAGGAGGAGGAGGACGAGGAAGAGGACGAGGAAGAGGAGGAGGAGGAAGAGGAAGAGGAGGAGGAAGAGGAGGAUGAUGCGGACGAGAACGCUGACGAUGAUGAGGAUGAGGACGAUGAAGAGGAAGAAGCUGAGCCUGAACCCGAACCUGAGCCUGAGGUCGAGGUUAAGCCGCCGAGGAAGCGAGGCAAGGGCGGCGCCGUGGACCGUCGUCAAUCAAUGACUGAAGCGUCAACAUCCGCUGGUACUCGUAAAGGCGGAGGUCACGGUGGAAAUGGUGGAGGAGGACGUGGAAGGUCUAGCAGUCUAAGUGAAGAGGACAGUGAGAAUGGCCAUCCAAAGGGAAGAGGCAGGAAAGCAGCUCCUACAGUUGGGACUGCAGGAGGGAUUAAGAGAAAGCGGGAAAGUGUAGAUCCUCAAGCUCAAGCCAAAAGCAAGGGCAGGCGUGCGGUCGAGGAUGACAGUCAGGACAAGCGUCGUAAAAGGAAGUAGGUGUACGGCCACUCCCAGUCCUGACUCCUACUGCUUUUUGGUCAAGUUAUAUGAGUAAU